GGAGCAUUUGGAUUGCAAAUCUGGCAGCAGCAGUGGCAGGUCAUGGCACGUUACACCAUUUCAGCAGCCUUGGGCUGUUUAGGCAAAUGAGAGUGUGUGGCUGGCAGAGGCAGGGCAUUUACCCUCUCUCUCCCCCUCUCUUUACUGCCUCUUAUUCAAAUUUGGGUCAGGGGUGAGGAUUUCUCACGUCACACAAGCUUGCAGGCAAGAUGGCGCUCGGAAAGCUGUGAGAUGUGAAAACAGAAUGACUGUUUGAAGAGCUUCUGUCGAUGCUUUAAGGUUUCAUAGGUGAAGAAAAAGAAGUUGGAAAUGGAAUUGCCAAAUCAUGCCAAACAAUUGCUGCUGCAGCUAAACCAACAAAGAGCCAAAGGUUAUCUGUGUGAUGUGAUCAUAGUAGUAGAAAAUGCCCUUUUUCGGGCACACAAGAACAUCCUGGCAGCCAGCAGUAUCUAUUUCAAAUCUCUUAUCCUUCAUGACAACUUGAUUAACCUCGAUACGGACAUGGUCAACCCGUCGGUUUUCCGGCAGGUUCUAGACUUCAUUUACACUGGCAAGCUUUUGUCGUCUGAUCAGUUCAGUGACCACAAUUUCAAUGCCCUUCUAACGGCAGCAAGCUACCUCCAACUUCACGACUUGGCUGCUCUCUGCAGAAAGAAGCUCAAGCGUAACGGGAGAUCCCUACUUAAUAAACCCACCACCCCUACCAAUGGAAGAACUUCUAGGAACCAAAGGCUGUCCUCUACACCUGUAACUCCAAACCAAAUGUCAGGGUUAAAAGACAGUGAGAAGACAAAGAGGCAUGAGGAGCUACUCAAAGAUGACUUGUCUGAGGAUGAGAUGUUUGGGAGAAACGCCCACUGUGCCACCUCUGUGAAUUCGCUCAGUCCCUCAACGAGUAAGAACGGAAGCAACGGCAGUUGUGGCAUGCAAGAACUUGGCCUAGACCUUUCCAAGAAAAGCCCCUCAGGGAGCACAGCCACUGAAGAAGUCAGUCCCAGCAGCAUCCCACAAGAAUCACCUCAGUCUGCCUCAGAAUCCACAGCCAACAGUGCCUCAUUUGAUGAGAACACCAACACGCCAAACCUCACCGCUGGAGAGCCCAUGGAGCUGGGUGGAGGAGAAUGCGAAGAGAGUCAACCACUUCCAGAAGUUGACCAGCAUAAAAGCUCCCGGCAGGUUGCCCGGCAGAGGCGGCAAACCAAGAGCGAAGGCAAAAAGGUCGAAGAUGCGGAACGUGGAACUUUACCCAACGGCGUCGCCAAAAGAUUGAACGUGGCUGGGGAGAGGCUCCCUGGUGGAGGAAAAGGCAACUCCGAAGUAUCCUACCAGUGUAAAGAUGAAGAGGAAGGUUUAGAGAAUGGUCAGGAGCAAAGUGAAGAGAGCGGACAGAGCGAGAGCGAAGGUGGGCGGAAUAGCACCAAUUACGUCUACCGCCAGGAAGGCUUUGAGCCUGCACUCGGUGACAACCUUUAUGUUUGCAUUCCCUGUGGUAAAGGCUUCCCGAGCUCUGAGGAGCUGAACGCCCAUGUGGAGACCCAUACAGAGGAAGAGUUGUACAUCAAAGAGGAGGAUGAUGAAGUAGAAGCAGAAGACUUGUCUGCGCAAAUAACCCAUGUCCACGGCCCCGAGUCGCGUCGCUUCAGCUGCUCGGUCUGCAACAAGACCUACAAAGAUCCGGCCACUCUUCGUCAACACGAGAAGACCCACUGGCUCACCCGUCCCUUCCCCUGCAACAUCUGCGGCAAGAUGUUCACCCAACGCGGCACCAUGACGCGCCACAUGCGUAGCCACCUGGGGCUGAAGCCCUUUGCCUGCGAAGAGUGCGGCAUGCGCUUUACCCGCCAGUACCGGCUCACGGAGCACAUGCGGGUUCACUCAGGUGAGAAGCCGUACGAAUGUCAGCUAUGUGGGGGCAAAUUUACCCAGCAGCGUAACCUCAUUAGCCACCUACGAAUGCAUACCUCCCCGUCAUAAGCCAAAGACACCUUGAACAGGAGACCCUUAGCAAAAAGAGUCAAUGCACACCUCUUCCUUUUGAAGUACACUGCAAGGAGCCGAUAACCCAAAGCAGGAUUCUCUUCUGCUGUAAAUUUACAGGAGGAGCCUUUCAAACAAUGAGCCCCAACAAUGGAAAGAAUAAACCAAUCGGUAUGAGUUUAUGGGCUUAUGCUUUUUUUUUUUUUUUUUUCUUUUUGAAUAUUGCUGUGAAUGUAAAAAAUGGGUACUAAUGUUGUUGUAUGAUUUCUUGGGAUAUUGUGACCACUCUCAACCACUGCAAUCCAUGCUUUGCUUUUACGAUUAUCUUGAGUCCAUGUGGUCUGUCUGAUAUUCCUUCUUUCCAUUCUUGGUCCUUGAUAAAAGUAUCACUCUGUUCUGGUGGUAUAGUCUAUGUAAAACUCUCAGCAAGGUUUGGGCUUGUAAUGACCAAGUUAUUCUAUAUACAAAGGUUAAAUUCUUUGAAGUGUCUCCUAAGGGUCUCAAAGAUAGUGUUGUCAGACAUGCAAGGAUGGCUUGUCUGUCAUCAUUUAUGUGGUGUUUCAUAAAAGCUUUGUGCAUCCAACCAAACAUUUCCCAGUAUACCUACUCUGCACAUCACAUCCAUUGGCUUUAUUCUAGGUGUAGCUGGAAAACAGGGUCUUUGAUAAGGUUUGUACCGUGGUUGAUUCAGUUAUCAGUACCCUGCUCCUACAUCUGGAUUCAAGCCAAUGGCAAAGUGAUGACGAGAGGCCAUGGGUGUCCUUUAUCGUUUACUCGUAUAGUUUAUAGGGGGUUUACUCUCAAAGAAAAGCCAAACUUAAAGGUACUUGUUUUUAGAUUUCUUUAGAUAACUUAUUGAUAUGCUUCUGUGAAUGUUUUAACUGGAAAUUCUUUCCUUUUAUUUCUUUUGGGAUCAGAGAGGGUUGGUUUGGGUGAUGGGUUGGGCAGGGUUCAUUUUAGUGAUGUUGAACUUCAUAAAUUCUGUCUGUACUGUUGUUUUUCACUUUUUUGAUUUACGUUUUUUUUCCCUUCACUGAACAAGGCAAGUCCAUAUGGACUUGUCUCAUUGCUACCUCUUAAUUAAGAACAAUACAUUCAUUGGAACUAUGGAGGUCUCUGAAUAUAGAUGUAUAAAGUUUGCUGAGGCUUUCAAAGUAGUUGUCACCUGCCCAUCAACAAAGGUUUUAAGUUUUAAAAGCAUUAAUGUAGAGAAUAGCUUCUUUGGGCGCAUGUAUUUAAGGUAUUGAGAGUUUUAUGUCAGAGAAAUCCAAAGAUAAAUUUAAUAUUGGGGAGAAUGGCUUACCAACAAAUAUUUCCUGUAGAAUAUCCCUACCAAAGGUUUUAGAUUGCAUUGCAAGAGGUAAGGAUGUACUUUUGUCUUUUUAGUUCUCGACGAAGAGCAAUGUAGAGGGAUGUUAGUUUGUACUUGACAUUUUACUAAAAACCAAUGAACUUCUGUCUUCUGGUGGAUGGUGGGCCACUGGCUUUCCAUUUUUUGAAGUUUACAGUUAGUUUCUCAAGAGUGUCUUUUGGUUUCUUACUUUGUCUGCAGAGAGACUUCGAAGAACUUCAGAAGGACUAAUUUGUUUUAGUUCAGAGCAAGAAAAAACCGCAAGAGAGCAUAACGAGCGUUGUAGGUUUUUGUUACGUGUCGACCAUACUUGGAAAGCUUACUGAAUGAGGAGGAAUUGAUGCACUGGAUUGCUUAUUAGCCAUCAGCCCCAAAUAAAACCUUGUUCCAAGACGAUGCUAAGUUAUGUGGCGUCGCUUACAAACCAUCAUCAUUUAUUCAUUCGAGGUAUAGGUAUUAUGUAAAGUGUGCAUGCUGAAAAGAAUUUAUGGUUAUUCAAAAUGCUGGUAAUUGUGUCGGGUGAAUGUUACAUGGUCAGUGUUGGUGCAAACGCUGAUGGAUGUAUUUAUAGUUCAGUGCUGAAUUCUUCGCUGCCAUCUUCAUUUCAUAACUCGGUUACAGAUUAAUUAUUUCGCCAAUCCCAGUGUAUCACAUUCCAUGAGUAAUUUUUAGCCUUCUUAAUGUAAAAGUCUUAAUGGCAUUCCUUUUUUGGGGGAUUUUUUUUUUUUUCUGGUUCUUUCUCCAAAGUCUUGUGUUUGUGCUUGCUAACGAUGAACUUUGGGGUGCAGCUAUAGUCGUGUUAUUGGAGCAAUGUUUACAGACGUCUUUUUCCUGGAAUCCUUUUGGUCUUUAAUUCGCCUGCUCAAACUUUGGAGACGUUUAUCAUUUCUAUAUAAACCCAUUCUCAAUAUUCAUGUCUUUGCACCAAAGCUAACCCAAAUAGCCAGUUAUAUAAGAAUGCAAGACAGUCACCAAAAAGUCCUGUUUUCAAAGUUGUGCAUAUCUUGGAUGUUAAAAUUUGUUUUGUUACAGUAUAAGUGCGCUCUGGUGUUGAUACACAUCUCAACUCAGGGAGACUUUUUAAAUAUUUUUUGAUGAUGUUGUCAGUUGCACUGAAAUGGAUUCCAGGAAAAAGUUCCCACUGAUAUCUUGCUAAUUUACAAGCACUUCAUUUGAAUACCAUCAAAGAACCGAUGUCUUGGGUGAUACUAGGCUCUGUUGUCGAUUCCAGCGUUUGAGACUAUAGCUGAGAGAACUGGAAGAGCAGAAAAAGGAUGACAAAAAGUUUCAAACUGUGACAAUAAUAUUUCUACUUCAAAACUUCAGGGAUAGUUCUGCAUAUUUUGAAAUGCGGAGCUUUCGACUACAUUUGUAAGACUGUGUCAAUACUGUGUCAAUUUCUGUAUUUUAUUGAUGAAAAGCAAAACACUAGUUUCCUACGAAAUAGAUUUUAUGAGUGUGUUCCCAUUUCAAAACGCCUUCAAAAAAACAAAAACAAAAACAAAGCCAGAGAUGUACAUGGAAGAGUUUUACUUUUAAGUUCCAGAGUGUUUUUUGAACAAAAAAAGAAAAAAACUGAAAAAAAAAAGCAUUCUAGUAAGCGCAAACUGUAUAAACUAAUAAGAUGAAAGCUCAUACCCAAAUUUUCAGACUAUUUUCUAAAACCAAAGCACAUUUUGAAUGAUUGAUUGAUUGACAGCUUGUCUGACAUUAAAUAUACUUGUGUAUAAUAUCUCAUUGUUUACAUAAACUCUUUACAGUCAUAGACCUCAGGUGAGGGGAGGCCAGUUUGAACCUGCUUCUGUGUGUCACCAUCUCUAAACGAAAGCAAACCGAAUCGUAACCGUGUGUCUUACCCUGUGAAUGUAGCCGCAUGCUUUUGAUUUCGGUCGGCUACAGCAUUGGAUUUGCUAUUUUGGCCCUUUAAGACGUGCCGAGACAUCCCUUAUGAAAAUCAUAUUGUCCUUGACAUGAUUAUUUUUAUGAAUGUGCUGCUUUUUUUUUUUUUUUUUUUUUUUUAAAUAUGUAAAUACGCAUGAAUAAAAGUACAUACACAUUUACCUCAAAGUAACUUUUUAGGACUUGCUGCAUAUCUAUAUCUAUAUAUAUAUAUAUAUAAUAUAAAUAAAUAUAUUUUAUUUUUUAAGGUUUUUUUUUUUAGUCAUCUUUCUCUUGAUAUUUUUUUAGUUUAUUUUAGUCUGUUUUAAAAAUGUGUUGUAUGUAUUCUGAGCUGCCUGAUUUUUCCAUUGUCCACAAAAGAAGCAUCUUAAAAACCGACUGGCCUCUCCUCCGUCUACAUUGGUGCAAACACUUACUGACAGUGUUCACUUUUUUAUCAAAUGUCUAUUGUCAGUGAUGAAUGUAUUUAUUUGUUUGAUCCUGUUUUGACUUUUUAAGAGUUUGGAUGAGACGACGUGUCUUCAGGGUCUGAGUUUAUUCUGUUGUAGUAAGCUGAGAGGUAAAUUAAAAAAAAAAGAAAAAAAAAGACACAAGACAGAUAAUUUUCAAACCUGUGAAGAUGUAGACAUGAGGAAUGUAUUUCUCCAUGAAGUGUCCAUCAUAAAGGAUGUAUCCCACAUCGUUUUUGUAAUUUUUAUCUCACUCAAUGCAUGCACAUGUUCUGGAUCAUGUGUUUUCUGUCACAGACACUUGAAGGCUGUCGAUUUUAAAUGUUCUCUGUCUGUACGCCUCUGCCCACCGAUACAGGAAGGGACCCUUUAGAAUUGCGUCAAAGGCAUUCAAGGUUGUGUUUUGUGUACCGAAAGCUGCCAUGUUGCUGCGCGCUGUGAUUCAAGGCUGCCGGUCGAUUCCGUUGUUUAUUAUUUACAAAUGCCCAACAGAGCCAAAGGUUUUUCCUAAGAAACGCUUGCAUCUCUUCACUUUCUCAUUAGCCAACAGAAUGCAGAUGCAUCUUAUUACUGUAAGAUCACAUAUCUUUUUAAGCUUUAUAAAAUGCACUUUCUAAGUUCUCACCGAGGUCCUUUACGCAAGAUCUAGGCGAUUUCAUCUUAUCAGUUAUUUACAAAUCGCAACGUUUACUUGUCUAAACAAUUUAUCUCACACUUUUUUGCUGCUAAUGUGUAGUUUUGUCCAAUUCUACAUAUCCCAGAUAGUAUUAUGUUGUUGUUGUUUUUUUUCUUCUGUCAACAUAACUGGUAAGUGUUAGGCGUUCAUAGGGACCUCAAGUUACCAAACCAACCCAAACAAACUAAACCAAAGCCAGAUUUACAAGCAUGUGCAUAGCAGGUGGGCAUGAUUCCCAUAUGUUUUCACUUAAACGCCAUAUCACGUUUAAAUGCUAGAGCGUUAGUCAUCCUAGCCUGUCCAUAAGCAUUCCAAUAACUUUAUAUGCUGAUUAAUAUUUAUUUUCAGUUCGAAUGAAAGCAGGAUGUCGGAUUAGAGAGGAAUUUGGAGGGGGGGAAAAAAAAGUCACCAGUAGAAGCAUUAGUUUGGCGCACUUGUGAAGGAAGACAAGUUGCCCUUGACGAUUAUUAGCUGGAAUUACUGUUGCGUGUGUGUUUUCGGUCAGCAUUGAACACAGCUCGCAGACAACACGGCGGUUUCGCCUUCCUCAGAGAGCUUGUAUUCAGGUCAGAGCUACAUGCAGCUCGAAUUCUGUCUCAUGUGAAUAAAACAGUGUACAGA